UGCAUGCUUUGAUUUCUUUCUUAGGCAGUAUUCUCGACCUUUCCCUUGUCAUAAGAAAAAACUUGUUCUUCCUUAAUAUUUGAACAACACACUAUUUAAGUUUUUAUUAAUUUUUUCUGACAUAUAAGCAAAUCGAGAAAAGUACUAUUUCAUUCCUCUAAAUUAGCAAUAUUCAAAAACGAAACAGGCCUUCAAUUUUGACAUAAGCAGUAGCUACUCCCAAACUACUCAGCUAAUAGGAAUAAUACAAAAUAGCGGAAAGUUUCGUGAACUUGUCGUUUUGGAAGUAGAGUUGCAAAAUCGUAGGUUAUGUUGUAUUAUUAGUAAAUGAAUGUGUAUUAAGAAUUAGGAUAAGUUCGAUAUUAGUGUUAUACUCUAAGCUAAUUCGUUGUGUUGAACUCUCUACCUUUUUUUCUAAGUAUUAAAUCGUCGCAAAUUGCUUCAGUACAAUGUAAACACUGUCAUGAAAAUUCAGCUGAUGUAAACGGAAUUCAUCUUCUGAUUAAACUGAGCCGGAUUUUCGACUUGUGAUCCAUAGACAAUGACUUAUAUUAACCAAAGAUCAAUGUAAAUUCGUAGCUGAACCAAUGGUUUUAAAUAACACAACAAAAUUCAAUGGCACGAGAAAUAAAAUAUGUUUCUUCCAUGAUAUCUCAGCUGCUCAUGGGAAAUGGUGAAACAUGUUAUGCUGAAGUAUCUGCUCAUUUGUUGAAUUUAAUGGACAGAGAUAAAGAUUUAUCACCACUAGCUGGCAAAAUAAUAAAGCUUUUAUCUUUACCAUAUCCUCCACUGAAGCGAGUUGUGUGUUCCUAUUUAAUAAGGUACUCAGCUAGUAUAGUUGAAUUGAAUGUUCUAGCAAUAAAUUGCUUCGUGAAGGACUUUAAAGAUCCUAACCCCUAUGUGCGAAGAUUGGUUAUUAAGACUGUGUGUCGUAUACCCUGUUUAAAAGACCUCGCCUUGCAGAUCUUACCUCAAGCACUGUGUGAUGAUAGUUCCUAUGUGCGUAGUACUGCAGCUACUUCUUCUGUUCUAGUUAUUGAAAAACAAAAUUUAAAUGCCAGUCAAGACAUUAUUGAUAAAUUGUAUGAGAUGAUUAAAGAUCCUGAACCUCAAGUGAUUUGUAGUAGCCUUUAUGCUUUAGAAGAAAUAUUACAAUCAGAAGGUGGAGUUAUAAUUAAUCGUAGAAUAUUUUUAUAUUUAGUUAGCAGAAUUUCAGAUUUUCAAGACUGGAAUUUUGCUGUAGUUUGCAUAGUUCUGAAGAAGCAUAUUCCAGAAAGUGAAGAGGAAUUACUUUAUUUUUUAAAUGCUGUUGAUGAGAGGUUACUCCAUUCAAAUCCUGCGAUUUUUGUAACAGCAGCUGAUAUUGCUUUGUAUUAUGCAAAUCAUUUAGAGAAAAAUUUUUCAGUUGACAUUUUAAAACAGAUUUCUCCACAAUUAAAGUUGUUACUGUCGUCUUCAAAUGCAGAAUUACUUAGUGCAAUUUUAGAUAUUAUAGAAUCAUAUCUGCCUAAUCACAGAGAAAUAUUUUCAUCGUUUUAUAAUCUUUUUUUCUGUUAUUUUCAUGAUUCAGUUACAGUUAAAGUUAAAAAACUCUGCAUUCUAGUUCAUUUGGUAAAUAAAUCUAAUAUUUCAGCAAUAGCUGAAGAACUGUUAUUAUACUGCAGUGAUUGUAACAAAGAAAUAUCCUCUCAAGCCGUGCACAGUUUUGUCUUCACUUUAAAAAAGCAUUCUGUUGGAAAUCCUAUGAAAAAAUUUAUUUCUCUAAUUGAUAUAGAGUUUAAUACUUUAAAUGAAGAAAUUUUAAAAGCUGUAUGUUCAUUGGAUUUCCAUGAGUUGAUUGAUCUUAAAAAUGAAGUAAUGCAUGUUGUAUCAGAAUGUUCUCUUAAUAUUGUUAGUUUCGAUGCAAAAUUGUCUUUGUUAAAGCUUCUGGUUAGGUAUGGAAAUGAAAUUACCAGAUCACCAUAUAUUAUUGAACAGUUUGUUAAUGAUCCAGUUAAUCUUGAAGAUGAAAAUAUCAUGACUCUUCUGUUAACAGCUUCGGUCAAACUUUUCCUUCACCAUCCACAGAAAAUGCAACUUCUCUUAGGAUAUAUACUGCAGCAUGCAAAGACAUCUAAUAAUUUAUCAUUGAAGAAACUUGGAUCCAUAUAUCACUAUUUUUUGAAUAAUUGCAGCAUUGCUCAAAAGAUAAUAGGCUCUUAAUUGGCUGUGUAACCCUCUGACGGGCAGUGGGAUGUCAGGCAUCCCUUCUCUUUUUAUCAGUUAUAAUCUCUAGGAUGAAAGCUGUAAAAUUCCGUUUAAAACAUGUACAAUUACACCUUUUAGUUUUCUAAAUAUAUAACAGAUGGCAGCACUAGUAUUCAUUCAUAGAAAUAAUGUAGAAAAAAUUCUUUGCAGGUCUAAUUUUGAAGCAGGGUUUUUUUUUUUUUUUUUUUUUUUUUUUUUUUUUUUUUUUUUUAAUUAUUAUUAUUUUUAUUACUUAAUUUCUUAUGCAAUUUAAAUCGUCUGAACAAUAGCUUUUAGUGUUAGAAUGAAUAUUUUUAUCUGAAACUUUCCUUUUCUAAUAAAAAUUAUUUGAAUUCAUAUAUAUUAAUUAAAAACGGUUGAAAUUAAAAGGUAGGACAAAUUUGUCCCACUGCACAUGUAGGAUAUGCUGCUACUAGGUGGCAGCACUGUUCAAUUUUUUUUUAUUUAAGUAUGUUCGUUUCAUAUAUAGAUAAUGCAAAUUAUACUUUUUAAUAAAUUGCAGUAAUGUUAAAACUUGAAAAAUAUUUAGUUUUUUCCCGAAAGAAAUGCAAAUAUAUCCUUCUUACACGAAAUGUCAUUGAAUACUGAAUGGAUAUGUGAGUGUGAGUCACCAUAGAAAAAUAUCCUAAGCGGAGGGAAAGAGAUGAAAUGUAAAUAAACAUGAUGGCCUUCUUAACAUUCUCCUUUUCAAACCUGUAGCAAAUCGAAAAUCUUCUCUGUUUCAAACCUGUUACGAAAUCAUUAAAAAAUAUCUAAAAUGUCUCACAGGGAGCUAUUUUUUUAAAAAUAUGUAAUUUUUUUAAAUAUUUUUUUAUUUUCUAAAUUUGAUCAAUGUUUUCUAGAUAAUUAUUCAAAAACCUUUUCAUAUAUAUCUUGCAUUUUCAUUUGGUUUCUAAAAUUAGCACUUUAUAUAAGCAUGUUAGGGGAAUUAAUACUCAGGCAAAGAUGCCAUUUUGUUGCUCCAGAUGCACGGUGGGAGAACUGGUAUCCCACCACUUCAUGAAUUACCGUAAAGAUUAACUUUUUUCCCAUGGAGUAACAUUGUAUUCAAGGCUAAUUAUCUAUAUGUAAAGUUAUUUCUUUCAAAAAAAAAUUUUUUUAAUACCUCCCAAAUUUCAAAGGGUUAAAUGCUAGUGUAGAAAAUUGGAAGUAUUAAAAUUUUUUACUUCAUUAUUUUCAAAUCAUAUUUGGGGUAUAAAAGGUUAGAUUAGGUUAUAUGAAUAUGAAAUAGCACAUAAGGGCUAUUUGCCAGUCUUAAGUUAGGGUUAUCUUCCUAAGGGGAGGGGUGCCUUCCUGGAGGGCUUGAGGGAAACUGGCUCGUAUCCAUGGGGAAAACCAUGAAUGCUCAGAUUUGAACCCUGGUUCAAUUCUUAGUAUUCAGUGGUCUUAACUACUAGGCCACUUAACUACUAGUGGUAGGACAUUUGUUCUACAGAAGCAGUUUUCAAAUGUAUUUUAUAUUUUUUCACCAAAUUUGUUCAAAUAAAAGUUAUUUUUCUUAUUU